AUGGCCGCGAAGAAAACCCGCCCCGGCAAGCACCAACGCCAUUAUUACAAGAAGAAGAAAGCUCGCGAAGCCCGCGCGCAAUGGCAUGAGGCUGAGAACAACGCCUUUCCAGACACGGGAACCGAUCCCAACGGAAAACCGAUGGAGGCGACGGAGGGACACGGGUCUCCUCAGAGUGACAAGGUCAUCGCGCCUGAACACAGAAUCGAAGAGGCAGCGUCACACAAGCACGAGUAUCGUCCUGAGCUAGAGCCCCAGAAGAAGACGGGCAAGAACAAGAAGAGCGAGAAGAAGAGACUUCAUCACUUCACUGUUCAUCACGGAGAACAGAUGAUGAGACGCCAGCUGAUUAACGAGAGAUCGAUUCGUCUCAUCUGGAAGAGAAUCGACGAGAUACAUUCGAUAUUGGAGGAGAAGCACAAGGGGAUCAAUGCCAGAGCCGCAGUCAUCGAGAAGCACUUCAACUUCACGGUUCAGCGGGGUGGAGAGAUUAAAAAGCUUCAGGAGACUAUGAAGACUAUGCAGCAGGGUAUUGAAACAAUGAGAGAGGUGGCUGAGAGUCACAGUGCUGAAAUUGCCGAGCUCAAGAGCAAGCCCGCUGCUGCUCUUGCCCGCGGAAUAGGAGGACCGGAUGAGCGUACCGGAGACAUUCAGCCAGGUGGGAUGGAGGGUCAUGAAAAGAUCGGCCGUGACGAAAUCCGUGCUUUGCAGCGUAGCAACGACGAGAUUAAAGCUGAGAUGGCUGCCAUGAAGGAGCAGAUGAAUGCCCAGAUCGAGGAUACCGGACGAAGGCGAAGCCACAGCAACGAUGACGACGAGGCUGGAGGAGGCCCUCAGAAGAGGGCCAAGGAAUUGGAAAGGGAGAGGCUGGAGAGGGAGGCCGCGAGCAAGGCCCAAAGACCGAGGAGAAGACUUGGUUGCCAUCCCGACUGCGGGAGGGCAGAAAAACCACUACCUACUAUUGAUUGUGGUAGACAGUCUCUGGCGCCCAAGGUAGGCGCCGUUGAUCAAUAG